AUGUUUCUCCUUGAAAGAAUCAGAUUCGGCCUCAAAUUCCUCCGCAUCGCAAUCCCAGUCGUCCUCACCGUAAUCCAUCAACGCAUUCUCGCCUUCCACCACAAAUGGACAUACCACUCCGUCCCAGCCCCAAAGGACAUCGUCGUCCUCGGCGGCUCAUUCACAGGCAUCCAACUUGUGCGACGACUACAAGAAAGUGUACCCACGGGAUACCGCGUAACCCUAAUUGAGAGAAACUCUCAUUUUCAUUAUCUAUUCAAUUUCCCGCGAUACUCCGUUAUGACGGGUGGGAGGGAGAGGUAUGCGUUUGUCCCGUUUGAUGGGAUCGCUGCUACAGCGCCGAAUGGAGCGUUUCGCUAUGUCCAGGAUACCGCUGUCAGCAUCAAGGAUGGAAAGGUAUACCUAGAGUCUGGGAAGGUCAUUGAGUAUGCAUAUCUCGUAAUUGCAACGGGAUCAAGAGGGUCUGUUCCUGCGAAAUUGACUUCUACAGAGAUUGACGAUGCUUGUAAAGAGAUGCAAGGCGUUCAGGAAAGUAUACAAGCAGCCCAGCGAAUUGCAGUUGUCGGUGGUGGUGCGGUGGGCAUCGAGUUGGCUGCUGAUAUUAAGAGCUUUUAUCCGAGAAAAGAUGUUACGAUUGUGCAUUCUAGGGAGCGGUUGUUGUCGAGGUUUAGACCGAGGUUACAUGAUUAUGUGUAUAAGAAUUUGAAGGACAUGGGGAUCAAUAUCAUAUUGAAAGAGAGGCCUCAGGUCACGAAGGGGAAGAAUUGUCUUACGUUUUUGAAUGGUGAAACGCAAGAAUACGAUCUCAUCCUGCCCUGCGCUGGCCAAACCCCGAAUUCCGAUAUAAUAAAAGGCCUCGCUCCAGAAGUCAUCUGUCCAAAAACAAGCCACAUUCUCGUUAAACCCACCUUGCAAAUUGACACGGGCUCAGCGAACAGGUAUCCAAACGUCUUCGCUAUGGGCGAUGUAGCCGAAACAGGUGGCUCCAGAAUGGCGAGUGCGGGUUUCUUUCAGACAGAAACUAUUUUGCAGAAUAUAUACGCCAUGGUCCGUGGACAGACACCAUCGACCGCCUAUAAGCCUUGUCUGGUUAUUGAGGGGAGACUGAAGUUGAGUUUGGGAAAAGAUGAAGGGGUGCUGUACAUUGAAGAUGACGAUGGCACCGAUAUGUUGACCCCGACCAAGUUGAAGUUGUUGGAUCUGGGAAUAGAAGAAGCGUGGACAGUUUUGUAUCUGAGGUUUCCGGGGAAGUUGAUUUGA